GACGCCGCGGGUGGCGUAGGCCGGGCAGGGCGGGCGGCGCAGCCGAGGCGCGAGGGUGCGGUCGGGCCUGCGCCAGGCCUCGGCCGGCCCCGCCCGCGGCGGCGACCGGAGCCGCCGGCGGCGACGCCCGGAGGCAGUGACAGCUUCUCCGGGCUCUGCCAGCCAGGACUCCCAAGCAAUCAUGGAGGAUACCACUUUGCAAAUUAUUGAACCACCAACUGCCUCUGAGGCCUCAGAAGAGCAAGUGCCAGAGGAACCCAUCAAAUCAGACCAGAUCAACGGGGUGAUGGUGCUGACCCUUCUGGACAAGAUCAUUGGAGCAGUGGAUCAGAUCCAACUGACUCAAACACAGUUGGAGGAGAGACAGCAAGAGAUGGAUAGCGCAGUGACCAGCAUCCAAGGCGAGUUGACCAAGCUCACAAAGGCACACACCACCACCAGUAACACUGUGAAUAAGAUGCUGGAAAAAGUGCGCAAGGUGAGUGUCAACGUGAAGACCGUUCGGCAGAGCCUGGAGAAGCAAGCUGGGCAGAUAAAGAAGCUGGAGGCCAAUGAAGCGGAGCUCUUGAAGCGCAGGAACUUCAAAGUCAUGAUCUACCAGGAUGAGGUGAAGCUCCCUUCAAAAGUGAGCAUCAGCAAGUCCUUGACAGAGGGCGAGAAGCAAGAGAAGGAAGGAGAGGGUGAGGAGAUACCUGCAAGUGAGGACCACGCAGAGGAGGAUCACGUCCAGCUCUCCUCGGAUGAAGAGGUGGAGAUUGAAGAGAUUAUUGAGGAGUCACGGGCAGAGCGCAUCAAAAGGAGUGGCAUGAAGAGAGUGGAUGACUUUAAGAAGGCAUUCUCAAAGGAGAAGAUGGAGAAGACUAAGCUAAAGACCAAGGAAAACUUGGAGAAGACCCGCCACAACUUGGAGAAGACCCGCCACAACCUGGAGAAGAGGAUGAACAAGCUGGGCACCAAGAUUGUGACCAAUGAAAGGAGAGAGAAGAUGAAAACCUCUCGGGACAAGCUGAGGAAGUCUUUCACCCCUGACCACACUAUCUACGCCAGGUCCAAGACGGCUGUCUACAAGGUGCCGCCCUUCACCUUCCAUGUCAAGAAAAUAAGAGAAGGCGCGGUGGAAGUGAAGGCCACAGAGCUGGUGGAGGUGGGUGGAGAGGAGGCAGAAAACUCGGAUCUGCUGCGCGGGGAGAGCCCUGAGAUGCAGACGCUGCUGGAGAUAACGGAGGAGUCUGACGCGGUACUGGUGGACAAGAGUGACAGUGAGUAGGACAGGCUGCAGCGUGGAAGGAUUGUGGACGGACGGCUGAACACGUAAUCAUUCACAUUUUGAGAUCUCUUUUUGCCCUGGCGCCUUGGGGGAAGUGUACACAAUGCAUCCUUACUACCCUGCAGAGCCGAUGCCAAUCCCCUGCCUCCUAGGACAAGGUGUAUUUUAUAUUUUAGUUUUAGCACACAGAGAAGUUAGGAACACAGGACUGUUUUUCUUACACUGUUAAAUCACCCUUGGAGACCAUUCCUGCCGCAGCUGCGUGAGAGCUUCCUAGCCCCCCGACCUGAAGAGUGACAGGGACCCAGCCCAGCUGGAGAGUGCUAAAACCAAGAUAACAGCUGUACACCUGGGAGACUCGCGUGUCCUCUGUGAGCAAAGACUGGUGUCAAGAAAGCUUCCUGCCAAGCAACCUGCCCAGCCCGCAAGAGCCUGGUUCCCUGCGCCAAGCUCGGCAGCCAUCCGCGCGGGAGAGAGCCACGGGGGCCACGCUGGCCACCGGUUCCCGAGGGCACCUGGGCCGUCCCCGGGGAGCAGAAGACCGGGGAUACGUCCUAGCCCGGGAGGGAAGAACUGAGCAAACCCUGUUGACAGGCAGAGGAAGUGCGGAGUUGGGCAAGGCCACGCGGCACGCAGGCGGGUCUGCUCCCUCCUCCCCUCCCAGGGAUUCGACGACCGUGGCAGCGCCUUGGACGCCAGCGUCACGAGAGGCGACCUGCUGCUGGACCUGCCGCCGGGGCGCCCCGCGCUCGUCCCGUGCCCCGGCGUCGCGGCAGGACCAGCGUGGGCCGCGCUCCCUUCCGGGGGGGGAAGGUGUCCGGGGCCUGGCGGGCGCUCCGCAGGGAUGGGGUCUGAUCCCGUCUCCACCGCUGCAGCUGCGCGGCAGCCCCCGAGACACACUCCAGGGAGAAGGCCAGGGCCGGCCACGGUGCCAGCCGCACCAGCACCAGCCACGGCUUGUUUCCAGCAGGGAAACGGGCCGUGCACAACGCUGUGCGACCCGGCACGAGUGAAGGGGUACUUGACCGUCAGAGAGCAGUCUUGACACCGGUCUGGGCACUUGAUCUCGAGCAGUGCUGAGCAUCCACGUCCCCCCGGAGCCUCAGCACGGCUCAGGCUCACGCCCGCGUCUAGUGCUUUCCAUCCCCGCUUCCCUGCCCGUGCCCCGCGCGCAGCGGCGCUAGGAUAGCACGCGGCAGCCCCAGGAUAGCACGCGGCAGCCCCGGGGCAGCCACGCUCCCGCUUCCACGCACGCAGCCACCGCCGCGGCCCGCAGGAGCGGGGGGCGAGGCAGCAGGCCGCGGCACGCCGGGGGCCGACCCCAGCCCGGGGCGAGGCAGGGACCCGGCUUUCCUCCCGUCCCCUCCCGCGGCCCUGCCUGGGCUCGGCCCUCCCCGGCCCGCGCAGCCGCUUCCCUCCCCGAGCGGCGGGGAGGCCGCUCUCGCUAACACAGCUCAAUAUAUAAACUUGCUUUCUCUCCCAGAAGUGUUUUUCUUAUUGCCUAGCGCACGCCGGGCCGUCCCCAGCCUCCGGCUCCCCUCCCGGUGCCUGCGCGGCUCCCAGGAGGGGACCGGGCCGGGCCGGGCCGGGCGGGCAGCCCCAGGCCCACCGCAGCGGGCGCCUGCCCAGGCCGAGCGGCGCCGGGAGGGAGCCGGGCGGGCGGCUUCGCGCCGCUGCCCCGGGGCCGGCUCUCUCCCUUCACCCAUGUACUUUCUCUUCGGCAGGAGCGGAGCCCGGAGCGAGCGGCGCGGGGCCUCGCGCGGGGCCGUGCGGCCGUGGGGCUUCGCCGAGGCUGUAACCGUUUUCUACGCCUGCAUCCUGGUGAGCAGCGCAACUAAUAAAGUCUCUUUUCUAAAAGGA